AUGAUCAGGAAUACGGGCGGGAAUCUCUCUGCGACUCCCCGGAGUCACUGGCUCGUGCCGUCCACAUAUCAAUUGCGCUCGUGUCACUGGGAAAUUUCGUCCAAACGCGCCUUCCUCAGUUGCCAUUCCGCCUGCCCUCAGGAAACAUCCCUCUCGGCGAGUCAUGACGAAGUUCUCGUCCUUCUGCGCAUUUCCGCAUCACCAGAGCGACCACUGGAAGCCCAGGAACUCCGGCGCAGAACCAAAGCCGCGGCGCCAAGUGAGCCCCAAACGGUGCAGAUCCGCAAUGCCAGGGAGAGAAGUCGCGUGAAGGCGGUGAACGAGGCUUACGAGAAGCUCCGCCAGGUGGUGCCAGCGAUAUCAAAUCGCCGGAAGCGCGUGAGUAAAGUCAAGACGCUGCGCAAGGCGACGCAGUACAUUCAGAGCACGUCGCCCAAUAAUUCCAUCAUCUCUUCUAUUGAUUAA